UCUACGCCGGUUUUUGUGGGGUUUUUUAAAAUUCCAUUUAAAAACCCCCGUCCUGGGGGUUGGAGUCAAGGUCAUCGCGUGGUUUCCCCGUGGCUGUGGUGUCUAACCCCGGCGGAUCCCUAGGGGCAGCGAGGACGACUGCCUGGCGUGGGGCGGCCAGCGCGGCCAGGGCCGUGGAAAUGGAUGGGAAGGUCCGGCAGAGCCGCCGGUCUCGCUCCCAGAGGGACCGCGUGAGGCGAAGGGAGGCGGCCGCCCGCGAGGCCCGAAACCAGAGCCCGUCGUCCGGCUCCGACCGGGAGCCCAGCCCGGGCAAAGAGAACACGAGCCAGAACUGCGCGCACCCCCGGGGCGCGGCGACGGCGGUGGCGGCGGCGACGGCCGCCCCCCGAAACUCACGCCCCCCGCGCCGCCGGCGCCGAGAGUCCAGUUCCCAGGAAGAGGAAUUGAUCGAUGGCUUUGCGAUCGCCAGCUUCAGCACCCUGGAGGCCUUGGAG